AUGAACAAGCUAUACAUUGGGAAGUUGAACGAAAACGUGACCGCCGAAGAUUUAGUGAAGACCUUUGACGAUCACAAGAUCCCGUACUCCGGACAGUUCCUCAUGAAGACCGGCUACGCGUUCGUGGACUGUCCGGACGACCAGUGGGCCAUGAAGGCGAUCGAGACUAUUUCUGGUAAAGUUGAACUUCAUGGGACUCCUAUUGAAGUGGAGCACUCCGUCCCCAAGAAGCAAAGGACCAGGAAGCUGCAAAUCAGAAACAUCCCCCCUCAUCUGCAAUGGGAGGUGCUUGAUGGUCUGCUGGCUCAGUACGGAACCGUGGAGAACUGUGAACAAGUGAACACAGAGAGUGAGACUGCAGUUGUCAACGUUACUUAUGCAACUCGGGAGCAUGCCAGACAAGCCAUCCAGAAGCUGAACGGAUACCAGUUCGAGAACAACACGCUGCGCGUCUCCUACAUCCCCGAUGAGACCUGUGAGCUGGAUGGGGGCCAGCGGGGGUCCGACAACGGCCGUCGCCCGGGUUACGGGCCCCGCGGCGGCCCCCGGGGAGGGUCCCCGGGCUCCGGGAUGCCCCCCAAACACCAGCACGCGGACAUCCCCCUCAGACUGCUGGUGCCCACGCAGUACGUCGGUGCCAUCAUCGGCAAGGAGGGGGCCACCAUCCGGAACAUCACCAAGCAGACACAGAGCAAGAUCGACGUGCACCGGAAGGAGAAUGCCGGCGCCGCCGAGAAGCCCAUCAGCAUCCACUCCACCCCUGAGGGCUGCUCCGCCGCAUGUCGCAUGAUCCUGGACAUCAUGCACCAGGAGGCCAAAGACACCAAGACUGCUGAUGAGGUUCCUCUGAAGAUCUUGGCCCACAACAACUUUGUAGGUCGACUGAUCGGAAAGGACGGACGCAACCUGAAGAAGGUGGAGCAGGAUACAGAUGCCAAGAUCACCAUCUCCCCUCUCCAGGACCUUACUCUGUACAACCCAGAGAGGACCAUCACAGUGAAGGGCUCCAUUGAGGAGUGUUGCCUGGCAGAGGUUGAGAUCAUGAAGAAGGUUCGGGAAGCUUAUGACAAUGACAUCGCUGCCGCAAACCAACAGACCCACCUGAUUCCAGGUCUAAACCUGGCCGCCUUGGGCCUCUUCCCCCCCUCCUCCAGCAUGCCCCCUCCCCCACCGGGAAAUUCCACCCCCGGCGCCCCCUACGGAUCCUUUGGGGCUCCAGAGCAGGAAACCGUGCAUGUGUACAUUCCAGCCCAGGCGGUGGGGGCCAUAAUUGGAAAGAAAGGACAGCAUAUCAAACAGCUGAGCCGCUUCGCCGGAGCUUCCAUCAAGAUUGCCCCUGCUGAAGCUCCGGACUCUAAGAUGAGGAUGGUGAUCGUCACAGGACCUCCUGAGGCUCAGUUCAAGGCCCAGGGCAGGAUCUACGGAAAGCUGAAGGAGGAGAACUUCUUUGGGCCCAAGGAGGAGGUCAAACUGGAGACUCACAUCAAGGUGGCUGCUACUGCGGCAGGGAGGGUGAUUGGCAAAGGAGGAAAGACGGUGAACGAGCUUCAGAACCUGACUGCGGCCGAGGUGGUGGUACCCAGAGAACAGACUCCCGACGAAAAUGACCAGGUCAUCGUCAAGAUCAUCGGACACUUCUACGCCAGCCAGUUGGCCCAGAGGAAGAUCCGGGACAUUCUGGCCCAGGUCAAGCAGCAGCAGAAAGGUGGGAUGGGUAUGGGCCCGGGGCCCGGCCAUCAGCCACAGGGCCUUACAGAAAUUGUGGCCCCGCCACAUGGACUGUCUCAGGAGCACCAGCCUCGCAGAAAGUGA